AAGGCCCUUUUACUAUCCGAUCUAAUCAGUUUCAACAUGACCCUGCUCGGAUGUGUUCACAUUUUCAUAUUUUUUCUAAUGUGUUGGAAAACUAAUGGAUUUGUGGAGUUAGAUAAUCGCAAGGAGUUUCUCAUCACAGAGUCUGCGAAAAUGGAUUUGAUGCAAUUGGACACCGAAUUGAUCAGCAACUUAAAGAAAUAUGCCGAAAAAGUCGAGGAAAAGGUGGAAAAACUACAGAGGCUAGUUCGGGAGAUAAGACAGCCACUGGAGGCAGCAAAGGGUAUAGAAGAGGAGUAUAUGGGAAAUCCUCUUCACAGUUUUCCUCUUAUUCGGCAUAUGUAUCAGGAUUGGAAGUAUCUGGAAGAGUUUAUGAAAAAGCCAGUCGGUGAAGAACAAAUCGAUUUUCUAAAAAAAAAACUACCAGAAUUACCCUGGCAGGCGGAUACAGAUGAAGCGACUGCCGCCAUGUUCCGAAUAGCAGAAACCUAUGGAAUGGAGCCUUGGGAAAUGGCCAAAGGUCUUAUCGAUAACGUUCAAUACAAAUCUACACUUUCAGCUCUGGACUGCUUCCAAAUUGCAAAGAUGUACUUCAAGUGGGGGUAUUUUAAAAAGUCAUUUGAGUGGUUGAAAAACACAAAAAGUCGGAUGAAGAGACUGUAUUCAGAUGUCCAUGAAGUCUUGGGAGUGACUCAUAAGGACGUAGCCUUGCUGCAGACACGAUGUUUAAUGGAAUUAGGUCUAAAAGAUCAAGCUAAAGAAGUGCUGUUGACGCAGCCCGACCUCGCAGAGAAUGCAACUGACUUGCUGGCCCAGUUCGAAUCUAAUCCCUUCAAGGCAAAUGAUUUGUCGCCCAUUUUGCCAGAUUAUUACAAAGAGCUGUGUCGUUCCUCGUUUGUUCCAAAGCCUUCGAGGCUUCACUGUCGAUAUAAUACCACCACAUCAGCGUUUCUAAUCUUAGCUCCGCUUAAGAUGGAGGAGAUCUCCCUGGAACCGUAUAUAGUCGUAUACCAUGACAUUCUGCCUGAUAAAGAUAUAGAGCAGUUGAAGCGCUUGGCGGAACCGAAACUGAAGCCCACCCAAGUGUUUAAAAAUGAAAUAGGUACAGUGAGCAGCGGACGCACCGCUUUGGGAGUCUUUUUGCCAUACAAAAAUAUGGAUCCAAAAGGUGGUCCUCUGUUAGAUCGCCUCACCCAGAGGUUACGUGAUAUCACUGGCUUGAAAGUCCACGACAGAUUUCCUGUGAAUGUCAUCAAGUACGGAUUCGGGGCUCACUACGCUUCACACUAUGACUAUUACAACGAGUCGAACUCGGAUACUAAAGUCUUAGGUGAUAGGAUCGCCACAGCUAUCUUUUAUCUUAAUGAUGUCCCACAUGGUGGUGCCACCAUUUUUCCGUGGGUAAAAAUUAAAGUACCAGCGGAGCGUGGUAAGGUUCUGUUCUGGUAUAAUUUAAAUGGAGAAACCCACGAUGUGGAGCAGAAGACGUUACAUGCCGCUUGUCCCGUUUUCGGUGGCUCCAAAUGGGCCAUGGCAGCCUGGAUACACGAAUGGGAUCAGAUGUUUAUUCAACCCGUAUAUUAUAAAGGAAAUCAAACAUUUAUGGAAUAGAUUUUACACUUUUUUCAAUUUAAUUUUAAGCGAUUAUCCUUAGUCCUGUGUGAAAAGUGGGAUCUAGUAAAAUCUGAUCAGUAGC